GACGGUGCAUUCAUCUGUGUGCGUGUCGGCGACUGUGAAGAAGAAGUGACAGCGAAGGAGAAUCAAGAAGCAGCGGCGGUAACAGCACGAUGAAGAAAAUAAUCUCCGUCGUCCGUUUUCUGUGGUCCCUCCGGUUCGUAAAUUGUUAACCUCGCUGUCGUGCGACCGGGCCCAUCUGCCCUCCCCUCUUCCCCACCGGUCGGUGUCCUAUUUUGUGAAGUGUUCCGCAGCAGACAGGCCGCCGAUUUCGUGGCGAGAGAAUUCCGGCAAAAAACUUGACAUUUCCUCCGGACGACCUCGCGGCCCUCACUCACGGCCUCAGUGUAAGUGGCGCCGUUCACCCUCCCUCCGCUCUUCUGGUGGCGGGUUUUUCGUUGCUGAUUUCCGCGCGAAGACAACGACGACGACGGCGGAAAACCGUGUGUUGUCUUUUGGUGCCACGACGGCGACGGGACAAUCCUAGCGGAGAGGCUGGUGUGUAGGCGCCCCGCACCGCGCCACGGGGCGGGUGUUUGAUCUUUUGCGUUCGUGCGGGACGUCGACGACGACGUGUGGCGAUGCCCACCAUCCAAAUGGUGUGCGACUCGACUCCGCUGGUCAGUGCAGCUAUUCGUGACUCGUUGGCCGCGACAACGGCGGGAAAUGGUCGCCCAGCAGCAACUGGAGCGACGACCGCCUCCUCUUCUACAACAGCAGCAGCAAGCUUCUCCGUGCUGAACCAUAACGGUGUCAACGGCAGCAGCGGUGGUCCUAGCGGAACCCCCACUACCAGUUCCUCCAGCUCGUUAUCGACGGCGAACGGGGGUGUUGGUGGUGGAAAGCUGUUCCGGCGCGCCAUGCUCGAGAGUAGCAACUACGGUAACGAUGACGAGCAGCUGGAGGACGCGGAUGGUGCGAACGAUCUGGUCGAAACCAUCAGCCAGUCGCUGCGCCAGGGUCAGCAGGUUAAGCCCAUAGCAUACGAGGAAGGCCCCAGUUACAGCGCCAGCUUGGAUAAGCUGAAAUCCAAGUACAUCGUGCUGAAGGCGACUGCACCGCAAUCGGACGAAGCAGGCGGUGGCGAAGCAGGUGCUGGUGGCCCCUCCUCUGGUGGAUGCCCGCCAAACGGUGCUACCGCCGGACAACAGAUGCAUCAUCCAUCGCCCAAGCUGUCAUCGAUGACGACGGCGGGGGGCAUGAUGGGGAAGAUACCCACGGCCGUCGCUGGACAAGCGAUGAACGGUGGCGGUGGCAGCGGUCCGCUAAAGUAUGGCGCUUCCGGCACACCCCACAAAUUGGCGCCCACCGGAAGGCCCACGAACCACAAUGGCGUUGGUACAGGCUCGUCGGCCACCGGAAAGGACGGCGCAUCACUGCCUGCCCCGAAACGUACCCUCUUCCCGAGGGAGAAUGUACAGGUCGGAUGGAAAACGACCGGUCGCAAGUGGCAGGUCGGGGCCGGUAUGAUCAACAUGGGCAACACUUGCUACCUCAAUUCGACCCUGCAGGCAUUGUUCCAUGUACCGGCCAUCGCGAACUGGCUCGUAUCCGAUGUACAGCAUCGUGCACGCUGUGACGAUGGAGGCUCCGGAGGAAGCUGCAUUAUUUGCGCGAUGGCGAAAACCUUGCUGGACUCGCAGAGCAACCAGAGCGCCAUCAAGCCACAUCUGGUCUACUCGAAGUUGCGGCUCGUUUGCAAGCACCUCGUACCGGGGCGCCAGGAGGAUGCGCACGAGUUCCUGCGCUAUCUGGUGGAAGCGAUGGAGAAGUCGUUCCUUGGGCGUUACAAAAACAGCAAAGAGCUCGAUCAGUACAGCAAGGAGACUACUCCGCUGAACCAGAUCCUUGGUGGUUAUCUGCGCUCCGAGGUCAAGUGUCUCUCGUGUCACCACAUCUCGACCACCUUCCAGCACUUCGAGGAUCUGCUGCUCGACAUACGGCGCGCGAACUCGAUCGACGAGGCACUCAAACUGUACUUCGAUCGCGAGCGGCUCGAAGAGCUGAGCUACAACUGCGAGGCAUGUAAGAAGCGAGUGGCAGCAACCAAACAGUUCUCGCUCGAGCGUGCUCCAUUCGUGCUGUGUGUGCAGCUAAAGCGCUUCACCAUAAAUGGAACAAAGAUCAACAAGCACGUCGAACUACGGUCACAACUCGAUUUGACGCCCUACUCAUCAUCUUCCAGUCAGCAGCAGCAGCAGCGAACCAGUGGAUCGAGCAGUGCCGGAAAGCUAACGUACCGAUUGACCUCGAUGGUAACGCACCUCGGUACCAGCCAGCACUGUGGCCAUUAUACGGCCAUCGGUCAGACCGAGGGUGGUGCCUACCACGUGUUCGAUGAUAGCUCCGUGCGUCCGGUUGGCAUGCACAACGUUAUGAGCACCAAUGCGUACAUCCUGUUCUACGAGCUCGACAGUCCGGCCGGGGCGGCCGUCGGUCUGCUGAAUGGCACAACGAAAGCCAACCAAAUUGCCGGCCAUCCGAGCAGUACGGUGACACUGUCGUCCAUGGGAGCCCUUGCAAAUGGUAACGUACCGUUGGCCUCGGGGAAUGCCAGUGCCGGUGCUAGUGCUGGUGCCACUGCUGGUGGUGGUGGUGGGGGGAGUACCGGCACGCCCCGAAAAGGGACUCACAAUUCGUCGCCGUCGCCGCUUCGCGUGCUCGGCAGUGGUAACGGCAGCACUGGAUCUGCUGCUGGCGGUCUCUUCCCGAGCAAGCUGGACACGAAGCCUGGAUUUAUUGGCCCCGUGCUACCGUCCUCCAGCAGCACCAGCGGCAACAACCCCUCCAACCAAGCGGGAACCUCUCCAGCUACCACAGUCACAGCCGCUACGAGCAGUUCGACCAAGGGCGGAACUCCGGGGCUCCAGGGAACAACGAUAGGCGCGACCGGCACCUCUAGGCCUGGAUCAUCCGCAUCAUCGUGCAUCUCCUCACUUUCGCCACCAUCGACGGCCGGUACGCCGUCUUCAUCGCCCAUCAAAUCGGUCAUCAACUCACCGUUAAGUCAUCCUAACAAAAUUCAUCUUAAAACGUCUCAAUCGACAACCCAAAGCCCCACCGUCGGUGGUGGUCAAGCACCCAACACUGCCAAACUAAAUGGAAUCGGGUCAAAGCAAUCGUCACAAGUAGCCGCAGCAACAGCAACACAGCUGCCUUCGUUACCAAAGCUGUCUCUCGGUCCCAUCAACAAUGGCAGCAGUAGGCCUGGCAACAGUAAACCAGUGACAGUUGUUGCCAAUGGUGGUACGAACUCGAUCAGCCUAGUACCGUACGAAACCGACGACGAUAGUGAUAAUGCCAAUAACAGCAGCAGCGAGGAGGAGGAACAGCAUCAGACAUGCACCGCAGUCUCCGCCGGGACUAAACGUGCUAAGCAACAACAGCACCAGCAAAACGGGAAAUUGGUGCUCAAGCGUCGUAGCAGCGACGAAGAUGAUGAUGAUGACGAGGAUGAUGAUGGAGACCGCCACUCGCAUUCACCGCAGAUCAUCAAAACCACGGCCGGUGCCUGGAAGGUGUCCAAAAGUAGCGAGAACGAUAAACCCACCUAUCCCGAGAGUAGCAGUAGUAGCAGCGGCAGCAGCAGUGAAUCUGCUGGCUCAUCGAAGGAAUCCUCUCCGGUUGCCUCCCCAGCGCAGCAACAUAUGCUUGCAACGAAUGGUGGCACCAGCAACAACGGUAACAAGAACGGUCACCGUAAUGGCGUGAAAAGCCGGUCUUCAUCACCUCCGAAUGCCGCUGCUGCUGCCGCUAGCAGCGCUGGUAACGGCAGUACAUCCUCAGAUACGGGACCGAGUGCCGUGCAGUUGUUGCUAAAGUACUCUCACCGAGGCUACGGUGCACCGGUGAAAAGCUGGGGUGGUCAGCAGACGGAGAUGGAUCGGGAGCUGGUGAACGAGCGGCGCGAAGAACGCAAACGUCAGCUCGCCGACGACCGCGAGACAGAAAUGGACCGUGGUCGUACGAAGAAGGUGAAGAACCUUGGUGUUGCUGGUGCCGGCACCAACGGUUCACAUCAGCACCAACAUGGUAAUCAGUUCCAACACUUUCAAAACUACCAGAACGGUGGUGGUAUGAAGUGGAAUGGCAACCGCAAUGGCAAUCAGCAGCAGUACGGCAACCAUAAUCACAACUACCAUCGAGGAGGUGGUGCUGGCGGGGGUUACUACCACGGUGGUGGCCACCGGCAGGGAUUUCGGAACGGUAACGGUGGUCGACGCUUCGGUGGCCGUAAUGGCGGUGGAUUUCAUGCGAAAGCUCAUCAUCAUCAUCACCAUCAUUAUCGCAGCGAGGCUUCAUCAGGUGGCGGCAACAUGGCGUCGUCAUCGUCGUCCGGAGCUGGUGCCGGUGGAUCGAGCAACAGCAAUGGAUUCUACCAUCGAUAGGAUUCUUGACGUAGAUGAUUGAUAAGAAUAUCAACCGAGGCAUCAACGCAUUCACGCGAUCAGAAGCCCAUAAAGAGAUUCCCCUUUUUAACAAUGAACCUAUCGUGUGUACGUGUGUGUGUGUCAGAGCUGCGAGAAUCGAAGCAACCUGGUAACAGUAAUCACCAACCCUACUGCGGUUCCCAAUCUAAGUUGGUCUUUUGGUGUCGACGUGCAUUUUGCAGUCAGUCCGGGGCGCGGGAUUACUAUACCUAGGUAAGAAUUUCGAAAUGUCCGGAUGUCGAAAUGACGGCCAUGAUGCUGAAGGUGACGAAGACGAUGAUGUAAAUCUGUUUUUGUUUUUUUGUUAUUGUGAAAAAUCAUAGAACCAACAACGCACUGCAAUAUGCAUUUUUAAGUUUCAAGUGGUUCCUGUCUGCCCUCGCCGCCUACUUAAGUAUGCGCACCCAUCCCAUUCAAAACGAACCUCGGGAUCUAAGCGAGGUUACUUUGUCCUUGAGUUUUAGGGUUUUCCGUUGGGAACUGCAAAGACCCGUUUAGGUGUAGUCGUUUCCUCUGUCCUGUCUUUUUUUUAUGGCAAAUAAUAUAUAAACAUAAACAUAUAAAUAGUCAUUGAAGCAGCAGGAAACCAAUAAAAAUAGAAUUUAAGGGAAAUGGGAGAGAUUCGGCUGACCGCGUUCUGGGGUUGCUGGUCCGUCGGUCCGCGGAAAAUCCACACGAAAGACACGCACGUUCGAGACGAUUGUGUUGUACAUAUAAAAUUCAUUUUCUUUGCCGUUGCAAAGCAGCAACAUGAAGGUGCACCCAGUGAAGGUGCGCUGUUCCGCUGGAAUUAAAUUGCGAUUUGCAGCGAUUUGAGCGCAGGAGAGCAGCGUCGCAAAACCCCAUGACACGUGCGUGCCUGCGCUCAUGUACAUAGUAUACUUUAAUUAAGGCGAGCGCGCAGUGUUCAGCAAAGGGCUGCUGCUAUAGUGGAUUAAGGGUGUAGUGUAGCGUAGAGUAGAAUAGAGUCCGUGCGGCGAGGAUACACGUUGUGUAUGUGUAGAGGAUACGAGAUGUGUACAUUAAGGCACGGCUCUUACUGAAAUGUGAACGGACAAAUUACGCAAGCAAAUGAAGAAAUCCAGUCAGACAUACUAAACAAAAAUGCUAGAAAAAGAAGCGCGGAAAAUCAACAAUGAAUUAAUCUGAAUGGAACGAAUACGCGCUUGUACGCGAAUCAAAUUACCUCCAUCGCUGGAUAGAAUAUAGGGGAGCCAACCAACAACACAACAGUAGGCAGCCAGACUCCCGUCACGGUUGCUCUGGCUUUGGCUUCCUUGAUGAUUGAGAUAGGCCUACUAACCCCGUCGCUGGGUUGGUAGUAUGAAGCAUACAAAUCUAGAACUCGGUUUUUAGCGGGCAGCGCGCGAUCUCCACUCAGUAGGAGACAGCUUAUUUUUUUCACUUGGAUGUCGGAUAAUGAAUCACGUGAAAUCAGAGGUACUAGCAAGGGGCCUGGGCGCCUUAGGAUUCGUUUUUGAAGUAUGCAUUUAGUUAAGCUUUCUUCCUUCUGUAAGGCAAUCAUCAGCAUCUUUAGUAGAUACUAUCUUUCUCAUCUCUCUUUCUCCCUGCCUUAUUCGAGUAACUAUAUUUUGAUCGUUAUUUCCUUUUUUAAAGUCUUGUUAUCUGUUUGCUAUAUUUUGGACGACGUUUUUCUACCUGGAGACUAGUUUUGGUGUGCAGCAAGGUGUGGCGUGUAUCGAAAAGGUUAAUGUUCCUUCAUGCUUUACAUACCUUUGUUUGGGUUGCUGCACUAUACCGCAACGUAUCUGCGGAACUUAAAGCAAUAGAGAAAGAGAGAGAGAAAGAAAUAGCAAAUGAACGGCGACAAUUACUCGGUCAUUACCUUUUGUUUCAACAAUUGUACGUUUGAAGAGAAUUCGUAGAAAGAAGCGAGACGAAGAAAAAAAAACAAUAGAAUUAACGGUCUUCUACAUGUGUAAAUGAAAAAAAUGGAAUAAAA